AUGGAAGCUAUUUUGUAUUACAACGGGGAAAAACCCCGAUUAUCGCGAGAGCUCACUUCGUUGUCAGUUACUGAUUUACCGGCGUACUGGAAGAAGCCACCGACGAGUAUCAGCGAAAACCUGUAUAAAAAAGUACGUGACAUUGACUUUGGCAAGCAGAUCCAGAAAACAUAUUAUGCCACCACUCCAUCAACUUCAACUAAUUACGAUUUUCGCUGUCGAAACUUAUUGAGCUCGCUACAGAUGGACGGAAUAAAUGUUGCUGGUACCACUCUAUUUUGUGGUGAAAAACAAAUGGCCUUUAGUUGUACAAUUUGUACACACGAAUCUGAACUUAAAAAUGAUCUUAAGAACUACAAUUUCCAACUACUCUACGACCCUUUGAACAAGAGUACAAUUGAGCAGUUACAAAAAGUAGCGGCAGAGUUCAUUCGCAAUUUCACAAAUGAUCCAGAUCUGUUGAUGAAGAUUGAUAAGCUUACCGCAGACCAAUCGGAUUCCAAGUGGUGGAAUGUUUUCCGGAGUGGGCGUAUCACGGCUUCAAACAUGAAAGAUGUGUGUUGCACAAAACCGGAGCAACCAUCGAUGUCACUGGUGAAAAGAAUAUGUUACCCCAAUGAAGCAACAUUCACUUCAUCCGCUACAAGAUACGGCAAAACUUACGAAGUAAAAGCAGUUGAGCAAUUGUUCGAAUCAGUGAAGCACUUGCAUCAGAACUUGUUAAAAAGAAAAUCGGGAUUUGUAAUUCAUGAAGAUUAUCCGUUUAUGGGUGCAUCGCCGGAUGCAAUAUUUUUGUGUGAUUGCCACGGUGUAAUAACAGUCGAAGUGAAGUGCCCCUUCUCAGCUCGCAAUCGUGCAGAUAUGGUUGACACAUUAUUGCAGCUAAAGGACUCUUUCAUUACACGAAAUGAGGAACAUCAUAUUAUUUUGAAAACGAAGCAUAAAUAUUUCUUCCAAGCAUUCAUGCAGGUUCACAUUUGUAAAGCUAAUUUUGGCUAUUUUUAUGUGUGGUCACCGCAUCAAGUUCUAGUAUUUGAGAUCAAACGCAACGAUAAUUAUUGGGAAAUUUGCAAGAAUAAGGCAUUGAGUUUCUUCGAAAAUGUAAUAUUUCCAGAGCUAGUAGCUAAGAAAAUAACCGAAAAAUAA